AUGCCGUGGCGCACCUUCGAAGUGACAUCCGUCGACUCCCUCGUUUAUUGGGAGGAAGAAAGAAUCGAAAAGCCAAACAAUGGGGCCGAAAGAGUUGUGCCAGCGCACUGGAACACGGAACUUCGCGUUCGUGCGCGAUCCUUGGACAAGGCACGUUUCGGGGGAUCGCAACUCAACGCCCUUGUCGGCGCGUGCUUCGUUCCCUGCCUCAUCGACAAUUUGUGGCAUCCUUUCAGUCGACGAGGUUCAUUGCCGAUAUUUGAUGAAGGGUGCUGUUGCACCCUUCCCUUCGGGAACCGAAUCAAGAUGCCGAUCCGAGGGCAACCGCGGGAGAAGAAGGAAUUGAAUGCAGAGGAACGGGCAAUAGUCACGGUCAUCGCCUUCCUUUUUUUCGGUGGUUUCAUCAUGCUUUUGUUUCUGAGGUGUAUCCUGGGAAACGUGCUCAUCUUAAUGGGUAACCUCAGCCUUGCACUCCUGGCCACGAUCGUCCCGGGACAAACCUGGUGCCUGACCCAAGCUCUUGAAUGGCGUCGCCUACGGAAGGUUCGCGACGAGGAUCCUGUCAAGUUGGGAUCGUUUUGGGAGAUCAACGGAGAUUUUGGAGGGUGCCCGGCUGAAAGUGAAAAGCACGAGAUGAAAUCUGAACCAACGACCAGGAUCGGCUCAGACGAUCCCUUCCCAGUCGAUCUCAAGCCCGGAGACACGUUCGACCUCGGGUUUGGGCCGUUCGAAGAUUUCUGCUUAUUUCGGGGCGGGCGUGCAAAAGCCGCUGCAACGCCCAUCAACGCCAAUCCGGUGUAG